GCGGGAUAUGGCCAUGUUACUUGUCGGAAGACGACCAGACCGGCACUUGUCUCGAUAUCUCCUGUUGUAGGCAAUGUGGUGUUGGGUGAAUCUGAACAAUGCCCAACAUCAAUGUUUGGCUCCGCAAGGACUUUCCACUUCCCCGGAUUUCCCUAACCCAGGGUGGCUUGCGAACGAUAUCGCAAUCGAAUUUCUUCCCGAUUGGAAAUCAAACAGGGGGGGAGUGAUGAUGGAGCCUGCCGAUACCGCGCUACUUUAGCAGUGGUUAGCUCUCUUAAGUCCGCGCCCACCACCCGUCGCCCAGAGAAGGAAAAAAAGGAAGGAAAAAAGACAGGACGGAAAUGCGGACGGGGAUAACUUGCAUGUGAGUGGCCUGGAAGAGAGAAGAGAGUGGAUAAUAAAGCUCACAUCCGAAUGUGCUACUAAAUACAUACAUACGAAUUGUAAUCCUCACUCAACCACCUCUGUUUAACUCAUCCGCCAAUCCCAAUCCCGCUGUGUUCCCCAACCAAGGCAUGCUGCCGAAGGAAAAUAAACAGGAAUCAAGGCUGUUGUGUAUCCGCCGACCAUUCGUAUGAACAUGUUCACAUCUUAGGACCAGUCCUCGACAUUCUCAAGCAUUUCCUGGCCGUCGUGGUAGACCUUCAUCAUGACAGCCGACUCGCUUGACCAGAGCGCUGCCCGCGGGACAUCCCACACACUUACCGGCGGCUCAUCCAACAACACGACAUUGGACAGCCCCCCAUUCCACCCAGAAAAGGAGUCUCGCUCUCACCCCUCGCGGCCCUCCUCCCGUCACUCUCACCUCACCACCACCUCUUCAGAUUCCUCCAACGGCGACCCCCUAUCCCCCCUCGAACACGCCCUCGGCCGAACCACAUCCAUCCCCCAAACCGACGCCAUCUACCAACAAGAUGCCGACAACAACAACAACAACCACCUCACCCACACCCGCACCGGCCGCACCUCCAUCACCUCUGCCGCCUCCCGCCCCCCAGACUACGAAGUCACCAUCUCCACGGACGACCCCGAGCACCCCAUGAACUGGCCCUUUUGGUACAGGACCUACACCAUCAUCACGGUCUCCUACUCCACCUGGGUUGUAGUGCUCUACUCAACCUCCUACACAGCCACCCUCCCAAAAAUAAUGGACGAAUUCGACAUCACCUCCAAACCCAUCGCCACCCUGGGCCUGACAACCUACCUCCUAGGCCUAGCAGCCGGCUCGGUGAUCGUAGCCCCCAUGUCGGAGCUCUACGGCCGCAGACCAGUCUACCUCGUCUGCCUCGCCGCGUUUAUUGUUCUCAUCAUCCCCUGCGGAUUAGCCGACUCGUUGUCAGAGAUGGUGAUAGUCCGUUUCUUCGGCGCGCUCUUCGGCUCAGCCAUGAUCUCCAACUCUCCCGGAACAGUAGUCGACAUCUCCUCAGACAAGUACCUCGCCCUCUGCAUGUCACUAUGGUCCAUCGCCCCCCUCAACGGUCCGGUCACCGGCCCCCUGAUCGGCGGCUUCGUCAACGACUACCUCGGCUGGCGGUGGGGAAACUGGUUGGCCAUCAUCCUCUCCGGCAUCGCUUUUGUCCUCACCUUUUUCGUCCGGGAAUCCUACCUGCCCACGCUGAUAAAGCAGAAAGCCGCGCGGAGGAGGAAGGAGACGGGGGAUGAGAACUGGUGGUGUAAAUACGACCAGCGGUCUGUUUCAACAUGGGGGUUGUUGAAGCUGAAUCUGUCCCGGCCGUUUGUGCUCGCGGUGACGGAGCCGAUUUUGUGGUGUUUUAAUAUCUGGAUAUCCGUGAUCUACGGCAUCCUCUACCUCUGCUUCAUCGCCUACCCCAUCAUCUUCACCCAGCACCGCGGCUGGUCACCCUCCCUCACCGGCCUCUCCUUCCUCGGCAUCGGCCUCGGCACCCUCCUCUCCAUCUUCCUGGAACCCUUGUGGCGGAAAAUGAUAAACUCCUCCCCUAAACGCGACCCCCUCAACCCGUCCCGCCCGGCACCAGAAGCCACAGCGUUGAUCAUGUGCGUCGGUGCCGUCCUCACCCCCAUCGGCCAGCUCGUCUUCAGCUGGACCAGUCUCCCAGCCUCAAUCCACCCUUCCAUCUCCCUCCUGUUCGGCUCCGUCCCCUUCGGCAUGGGUAACACGCUUUCGUUCAUCUACGGGAGCAACUACCUCGCGGGAGCGUACGGGAUAUACGCCGCUUCCGCGCUGGCAGGGAACGCGGUGAUGAGGUCAGUGUUUGGGGCUGCGCUGCCGCUGGCGGGGCCGGCGAUGUACAAAGCCAUGAGUCCGCAGUGGGCGGGGACGUUUCUGGGGGGGUUGGAGGUGAUGCUGGUGCCGAUUCCGUUCUUGUUUUAUAAGUGGGGGGAGAGGAUUAGGGGGAAGUCGAGGGUGAUCAGGCUGAUGAGGGAGGAGAGGGAUAGAGAGGAGAAAACGGCCGAGAGGAGGCGGAAGAGGGCGGCGCGGAGGGCGGCGAAGGGUGGGAGGGAUGUUGAAGGGGAGGAGGGGGAGGGGGAAAAGACAGAAGUGGAGGAGGGGAAAGGACGGGGAAGGGAGAUGGGGGUUUAG